UUAGCAUUUGUAAUAGUCCAUUUCGGACUAUUGAUACAUAUGGCCACUGCCAGAUUUAUAUCGGAUAACGUAUGUCUGGCAAUGCCAAACGGCCAAAAGCUGCCUGUAACAAAUGAUUGCGGUUCCUAUAUUGUUUGUGAAUACAAUACGCAAAGCAUUCGUCAUUGUGCGAGCGGGACAUUAUUCGAUCCAACGACAAAUGUCUGCAACUGGGCAAGUAUGGUAAAAUGUGGAGAAACGCCAACCCUACCGCCGAUGUGGCAACCGACAACGAUUGCACAACGUCCCAUCGUAACGCCAGCACCUUUACCACUAACUCCUGCCCCUAGGCCGCCAGCACCUCUCACGCCAAAACCACCAGUAAUUGUGCCAACGAUUAAACCUACUACCGUGACCACCACUCUGGCGCCAACCACAACCCGUGCCCCAGAGAUGAAUCCUUAUCCACAGUGUGCCAGCGAAGGAUUUUACUUCAUCCCUCAUCCUUCGACCUGUGAAAGCUACUACAUAUGUGCUUCGGGAAUGCUCGUACUGCAUAGUUGUGGCAAGGGAGUCUACUGGAAUUCGGAUACUAACCAGUGCGACUUUCCUGCUAAUACCAAUUGUUCAAAUUUACCGAACCCUGCGAAGCCCCAAACUUCAACACCCUCAAACGAAGUAACUACACCAUCCAAACUACCAAAUUGCAGAAGUUCGGAGAUUUUCCAUCCGAGUAUCGAAAAUUGCGCCAAGUACUAUAUCUGCAUCGGAGCAUCGCCAAUACUGAUGAGUUGUCCAAAGGAUUUCUACUGGAAUCAGAAGAUUGCCCAGUGUGAUCGUCCGGAAAAUACAAAGUGCGCUACCUCCUUCCUGGAAGUAAUUGUUGCAAAACGAAGAAGUAAUAUGAGGCUGGUGGUAUUUGUUGCCAUUUGCUUGAUUGCUAGCGUUUACGCUGCAAUUCGGGUUGAUCCAGAAUGCGUUGGAAUACGCAACGGAAGCUCUUUCAGGCAUCCAAAGGAUUGCUCUAAAUAUUACUCUUGUCUAAAUGGAAAAUUCGAGAUCCAUUCAUGUCCUAGCGGACUAUACUGGGAGUACCAGCGACGAAUUUGUCUACCCGUCGGUUUGGUUGACUGCACGAAAGGAAUAAUUAUGUCAACAACCGUUGCGAAACCCGUUUGGACUACACCACCAACUAUUUUAACAACACCGACAGUUCCAAUAGAAAUCAAUCCAAAUGAGCCGGUACAGGAGUACAAAUGUCCAGGAACUGGUGUUUCGAGCAUCCCUCAUAGGUACAGCUGUACAAGAUACGUAAUGUGUUUUGACGGUAUUCCAGUGGUUCAACAUUGCGCUCCGGGACUCCACUAUGACUCACAAUCACAACAAUGUACUUUCCCUAACGAAGCAAAAUGUGUUCUUGAUGUAGGAAUUUGUCCAACUAUCAACGAUCCCAAUCAGAUUGUAUUCAUUGCGGAUAAAUUGGAUUGUGCAAAAUACUAUUAUUGCUACAAUGGAGAACCACAUGAGAAUAGCUGUGCAGCAGGACUUCACUGGGAUCCGGAUAAUAACUGGUGUACUCCAGUUGAACAGUCGCACUGCAAGAACUACACUCCCUACAAAGAAAUAGAUGAACCAUUUUUGACUCCGAAGACGGUGGCCUGUGGUGAUAAGUCCGCACACUGGGUUGAACAUCCCAGAAGCUGCCGCCACUAUUAUCUGUGUUACAAGGGCAAAGCUACUCUGAAACGGUGCGACGAUGGACUUUUCUGGGACUCUGACGUAGGUUCAUGCAACUACAGUGCGUUUGGCACCUGCAGAAAGUAA